CACUUGUCACAGAACUCGUCGUAUUUCGUGCCGUUUUUGAAUGUAUUAGUCUCUAUUCUUUGGAGUGCUAGAUUUCAGAGGAAGAGUAGUUUUCGACAAGGAUCAAAGUAGACAGUCCGGCCAAAUGGCUUUGUUACCAUUUUCUGCCAUCACUCCAUUUUUAUUCUCAUUCGUUGCCAUAGCCAGUAACUGCAUUUAUCGUUCGGUACUACAAUGAGGAAUUUUACCAAGUUUCUAUUGGUUUUCGCCGUUUUAGUCAUAGUCCUCGAUCUUGGAUUUGUGCAAGGUUUCAUUGCAUGCGACAAGGGUUCUGCACUUCAGAGGGAUGCGAUGACGAGGGGGAAAAUAAAAGUGCGAACGGUGGUAGCAAUGUCUACGGUUACGCCCCCGAAGGUAUCAAACUGCGCGAAAAAAGAAGUAAGAAACGACGGUGAAAAUAUUGGUUAUGGCGGUAGUGAUAAUCGACACUAUAAAGCAAGUGACGAUGGAAUUCCGCUGCAAUGCCCUUCGUCGUAUCCUUCCAAAACGUUUGGUGCAUCGAACAUCAAGGUCUCGUACCAACGAGCUGAGAAGGACGACAUCAAUGGUGACAGUGGCGCGCAACUGUUGCCUCUACAAAGAUAUCACGCUCGAAAUCAAAAUCAGUACAACGGGUGCACAGCGGAUCAAACUAUAAGAGAAACGAACGAUCAUCCUUUCUCUUCCGUGCAGAACAACGCGACAAAUAGCGGCAGCAAUUUUUCUCGCGACAAUUAUACCACGAAGAGGAAAACCAUGUUAGUAACUCACGAUAUUCCCGAUCUUGAUUUUAUCCACGAUAAUCUCUCCCGAUUUCGGGUUUCGAAGUCAUCCCAGGUUCUCUUGGAGGAAUACCAAAACGAAAAACAAAGUUAUCGCAAAAACUAUCCAUUCGAUAAUGAGAUGAUGCUUGAUCAAGAUUCGUCCGAAAGGGAGCGGCAGAAACAAGCGCUUUUGCUCAAGGGAUAUCGGCUGCGGUCCAAAAUUCGAGCGGAGUGUCGUGCUUCCCUAGCCCUUUCAAUCGAGGAAACGCUCAAGAUCAUUUACUGUGAUUCCCAUAUCUGCGUCGUCGACAAACCGAGUGGGGUACUGAGUGUACCCGGGCACCGGCGGAACCCCUCUCUGGCCAAUCUCGUUUACGACACGAUUGAUCCCUCGUCGUACGAUACCGAAGGCAGGAUCGUGAACGUCGAUCAGACGGUAGUGCACCGACUCGAUAUGGCUACCAGUGGCAUCAUCGUCUAUGCCCUUUCCAAGGACGCCCUGCAGAAACUCCAGGGAGAUUUUCGAGACCGCAGGGUCCAGAAGACAUACCAGGCCUUGGUGGAGGGACAUGGUUUGCUAUCGUCACGAGACAGAACGGGGGACCAAUCACAAACGCUGCGUUGCUGCGGUACCACCGAGGGAGAAAUCGACGUCGCCCUUGAGCGGGAUCCCAAGAAUCCGCCCUACAUGCGCAUAGCGCAGACGAGAGCCGAGAAACAAUACGGCGGGGAUGCCGACGAACAAAAACACAAGUUUUGGCGGGAGGCCCCCAAACCGAGCAAGACGACCUGGUCGGUCCUGUCCUACGAGCACGACAACGACGGGAGGCCACGGACGAGGCUCGAGCUGCGGCCCCACACGGGCCGGACGCACCAGUUGCGGGUCCACACCAGUCAGGUACUGGGGACCCCGAUCGUAGGCGACGAGAUCUAUGGGAAUGGCGACGGGAUCGCCCCCCUUUGCCUCCACGCCCGGCAGCUCUGCCUGAAGCACCCGAUCUCGGGAGCGGAUAUGGUCUUCGAGGCCGAUCCCCCCUUUUGAGAAUGGACGAGAGGGAUGUUUUCGAAGGAAACCGAGACGGAACACACGGCACCCAUAGCACACGCGUGGUACCUUGUAAAAGCGAAAGCACUGCACAAUGCUGCCAUCAAUCGGUCGGGGAACAUUUCGUCGUUCUGACCUUGAUACGGGAGAAGAGCGAUCGUGUUUGAAGCCAGACAAGCAGUGCGGGGUACGCAAUAGUCGUUGGUUUCUGCAUGUUGAAGGCGAUGCUGGAAACUGUUCUCCCACAUCGAAUCUUUCGUUCUUGCAUUCGUGUUUGCCACAGCCGUUACUAAGUAGGAAAAUCCUACAGAACAUUCCGUGCGAAGCACAGCAGAACC